GCCCGGCGGCCUCCUCCUACCCAUCGUGCCAUUUGACCCCUAGGCCCCUUCCGUUACUCAUUUCUACAACCCUACCAUCCACCCCCCCUCUCUCUCUCGCGCCGCCGCCGCCGGGUAUGGCCAUGGGAGGAGCGCAGUUCCACGCUGACGAGGGCGUCGUCGCCUGCAAGGUGGCCGGCGACGGGCACCAAAACCGGCGCGACGUGGGGAAGAUGGAGCACGGGUGCGAGCACUACCGGCGGAGGUGUAAGAUCGUGGCGCCGUGCUGCAACCAGGUGUUCUCCUGCCGCCAUUGCCACGACGAAGCCACGGCUUUGGGUGAUCGGCAUAAUAUAUCUCGCCAGGAUGUUGCAAAAGUAAUAUGUGUUCUCUGUGAUACCAAACAACCGGUGUCACAAGUGUGCAUAAGCUGUGGAGUCAAUAUGGGAGAAUACUUCUGUGAUAUAUGCAAGUUUUAUGAUGAUGAAACAGUGAAAGGCCAGUACCAUUGCCAUGCUUGUGGCAUAUGCAGGGUUGGUGGCAGGGAUAACUACUUCCACUGUGCAAAGUGUGGCUCUUGUUACGCUGUUUCGCUGCGUGAUAACCAUCAGUGUGUGGAGGACUCAAUGAGACAGAAUUGCCCUAUCUGUUAUGAGUAUCUAUUUGAUUCACUAAAAGGAACAAGAGUUCUUGACUGUGGACAUACAAUGCACAUGGACUGUUUUGCUGAGAUGGUGGACCAUAAUAAAUACACAUGUCCGAUAUGCUCGAAGACAGCUCUUGACAUGACACUUCACUGGGACAUGUUGGAUCGAGAGAUUGAAGCAACAUUAAUGCCUCAGGUGUACCGUUACAAGGUUUGGGUUCUUUGCAAUGAUUGCAACCAAGUCUCAAAAGUGGGCUUCCAUGUGAUUGGCCACAAGUGCGGCCACUGCAGCUCAUACAACACUCGAUCGACAUCGCGGCCUGCAGAUUCAUCGGGGAGCAGUUCGCCAUUGAUGACAGACUCCUCUGAAAACAACAACCUGUAGAGAAUACUUCGUGCUGGUGUAACAUGUGGUCUGCGCAACCAAUGCCAGAACCACACAUAGAAGCAUUGUUUCGUGGCAUUGCCUGCCUAAAAUCAGCUCCAUACCCCUCGGCCCUUGCCGCUUUACCAUUCUAUCAAGAUUCAAUUCAUGGUUUGAACCGCCAGCUACUAGCACAUUACUGGACCCAUGACUUUAUAUAUAACUGUGGGUGAAGCCCUCAGCAUGUUAUAUUCUGCAGGAGAUUAAUAUUGAUACUAUAGUAAUCCCAUAGAAACUGGUUAUGCUGCUCAGUCUGUGAAAUACCUGAUUGUUAGUUGGUGUGUGAGCGACAGAUUUGAUAAUAUGGCUCGCUUUAGUUUGCAUUUUUAUCACCUUGUGUCAUUGACAGGUGGACCCAGACCCUCACCUUUCAAUGACAUAAGAUGGGGUGUUUUAUCAAAGUGCAAACUAAAGUGUGGCAUAUGAAGAUGUGUUUAUUCCUAGAGGUUGAAGAAAAUACCAUUUA